UAAUAUUAAUUAAAUCAUAAAAUCAUUUCUAACAUGUGAUAGUAUCUAUGUGUAACUACUGGUGUCAAAUGGCCACAACUUUUCCAAAAGGUCAUAAGGAUACACUAGCUAGUCUAGAUUUUAGAAACGUGCACACAUCCGUCGGAGGAGAAAAAUCCAGUCGCGGCAUUCAUUGCUAACCUGUUCCUCCCGUGUCAUUUUUCUGAGGGAGUCAAAGAGAAACGACGGCGUGGCGUGGCGUGGCGCGAGGUCGGAGAUCCAGCGGUGAAGUCGCACUAAAGUAAAAGGCUUGGUCAAAGGCGAGGCGGCAGUUCUCGCCGGAGCUCGGAGCUAUCGUGUACGGCAGCACGAGCACUCAGCUUCAGGUCACCUCAUUCAUUCUUGCUCACCUCGCUGGUGACUUCUUCUUCCCUGCCGUGUUCGUGCUCGUCCCCCCCUGCAAGUGAUGCCCGGUACCGCAAUGGAGGCACCAAAGCGUAGCUGCUCCCCGUCGGGGCCUCGUGGGUGCGCGACGCCCACCUUCCUCUUCUCCAUCGUCCUGCUGCUGGCACUGGCAGUCGCUGCUUCGGUGACGGACACCAUCCUCCCGGGCGCGGGCAUCUCCGGGAACCAGACGCUGGUGUCCAAGAACGGCGACUUCGAGCUGGGCUUCUUCUUGCCGGGCGCCGGCAUCCACCGCUUCCUCGGCGUCCGCUUCAAGAAGAUGCCGGGCACCAGCCCCACGUUCUGGGUCGGGGACAGGGUGGUCAUCUCCGACAUCUCAGCCGCGGCGCUGGAGGUCUUCGGCGGCAGUCUGUGCAUCACGGAGGCCGGGUCUACCCUCUGGUGCUCGUCCGUCGCGGGAGCCGGGCCGGGGCCCCCGCCGCCGUCCGCCGCCGCAGCCGCGGUGCUCCUCGGCAACGGCAACCUGGUGGUGAGGGACCAGGCCGACGACGCAUCGUCGCGGGUGCUGUGGCAGAGCUUCGACUACCCCGGCGACUCGCUGCUCCCCGGCGCCCGGCUGGGGCUCGCCGCGGGAACGGGGGCCAACGUCUCGCUGACGUACAGGGACUUCUCGCACAACGGCAGCCUCAGCGUGGACCCGAGCAGGAGGAACGGCUUCGUGCUCAGCACCGACGGGCAUCCCAGCAGCCUGGGGACCUUCCCGGACUGGAUGGUGACGUCACAGGACAACGGCACCUCGCUGGUGCUGAACCCUCCUCCGGACAGCUCUAACCUGACCGAGUUCUUGCAGUUCAGCCUGGGGCAAGUGAGCCUGAUGCGGUGGUCUGCAGCGGCGAACACGAACAGCAGUGGCUGGGUGGCUCGCUGGACCUUCCCGUCGGAUUGCAAAUCCAGUGGCUUCUUCUGCGGUAGCUUUGGUGCUUGCAGGAGCAAUGGAGAAUGCAGCUGUGUCCGCGGAUUUGAGCCUUCCUAUCCAGCGGAGUGGAGCCUCGGAUACUUCGCAACCGGUUGCUCGAGACCGAGAUCUCUUCCGCUGAGCUGCCAGACGAACGGCCAGACUGAACAAGACGACUCCUUUAUCCUGCUAGACAAGCUGCAGGGGCUCCCGUAUAAUCCCCAGGAUGGUUUAGCAGCAACUGAUGAAGACUGCAAACAAGCCUGUCUCAGCAGAUGCUACUGCGUCGCGUAUGCGUAUCACUCCGGAUGCAAGCUGUGGUACUACAACCUGUACAACCUGAGCUUCGCUUCCAGAGGACCUCCUCCAUACAGCAAGGUUUAUGUUCGUUGGGGCUCCAAGCUCAGGCCCAAGAGUGGUCUGCGCACAGGGCUGAUUGUAUCCAUGGUGGUCGGGUCAGUAGCGUUGGCUGCCGUGAUAGUGAUACUGGCGCUCCUAUGGCGAUCCCGGACCUGGAGAGGUGUAUUUACUUGCAGUCGCAGAGAGUUUGAAGCAGGAGGUUCUCUCGCGUUCUACUCUUACGCGCAGAUGAAGAAGGCUACAAGGAACUUCUCCGACAAACUCGGCGAGGGAGGGUUUGGAAGCGUUUUCAGGGGAACAAUGGCAGGACCAACCGCCGUCGCCGUGAAGAGGCUCAAACGCAGCGGGCAGGCGGACAAGCAGUUCAGAGCCGAGGUGCAGACGCUCGGGGUGAUCAAGCACGCCAACCUCGUCCGCCUCCUGGGCUUCUGCGUUAGAGGAGACACGAGGCUGCUGGUCUACGAGUACAUGCCGAACGGGUCUCUGGACGCGCACCUCUUCUCGGAGAGAUCCGCUCGUCUGAGCUGGAGCCUCCGCUACCAGAUCGCGCUCGGCAUCGCGAAGGGCAUCGCCUACCUCCACGAGGAGUGCGAGGACCGCAUCAUACACUGCGACAUCAAGCCCGAGAACAUCCUGCUGGACUCGGAGCUCCGCGCCAAGAUCGCCGACUUCGGCAUGGCGAAGCUCCUCGGGCGCGAGUUCGACUCGGCGCUGACCACCGUCCGGGGCACCAUGGGGUACCUCGCGCCGGAGUGGAUCUCCGGGCGGCCGGUCACGAGGAAGGCGGACGUCUACAGCUUCGGCAUCGUGCUCCUCGAGAUCGUCUCGGGGAGGAGGAGCACGGCGAGGCUGAGGUCCGGGUCCGGGAGCCACCGGUACUUCCCUCUCCACGCGGCGGCGCGGGUGAGCGAGGGAGACGUGCUGUGCCUGCUGGACAGUAGGCUGGGAGGAGACGCGGAUGUGGAGGAGCUGGACGUCGCCUGCAGAGUCGCCUGCUGGUGCGUACAGGACGAUGAGGGCGACCGGCCGUCGAUGGGGCAGGUCGUUCGCAUGCUGGAAGGCGUCGUGAGCGUUGCAGUCCCUCCGAUCCCGUCUUCCUUUCAGAACCUCGUGGAGGGCGAGGGCAGCGUCAUAUACUCUGACGAAGAAUGAGGGCUCUGUUUAGGGAUGAAUAAAUUCAAGGCAAACAGACAGAACCGUAGCGCUAGUUCUAAAUAGUUUUUGCUGCAAAUAUACACGAUCCAUGGGCGGGCAUUUCGUAA